UGUAGUUGGGCAGGAGGCGGUGUUGUGCUGAUCACUUAAAUUCUUCCCUAACUUGCUCUGUGACUUGCAGUAGCUGCUGCUGUUCUAUAUUUGCUUUGGAGCAGAGCAAAAUCUCCUUACAUGAAACCCAACUAUUAAAAAGUUGGAAACUGCAUUACUGUAUAUUAACCCCUAGUCACCCUUGGUGGAAAACAAAGAAGGACCAAGAAGCGAAGCAUGAUACAGAGGAGUACAACAGUUUGAAUGCACAUGGACUGAAAGGGCAGCUUGGCCUUGCUAAAGAAAAGUUAUGGAUGCUUAAACAGCCACAAUAAGAAAAAAAAACACCAGGCAAGUACAUGAUGAACUGGAUAGUAAUAUUGCAGCCAACUAUUCUGGUAGCAGUGUGGCUAGUAUGCUCAUCAGAUAUAUCACAAGGGACAUCCCCGAGUAGGGGCAAUGGAGAUGUUGAACGGCACAGGACAUCACACAGAGAUAGCAACCCAGGUUCUGCUCAGCGAAGAGCAGUUAAUUCUCAAAGAAGAUACCCUGUAAAAAACCAAAGGCCUCAUGUUUUUCAGGAAAACAAAGAUGAAGAUAAAAGCAACUUGUCUCAAAGUAUGUUAAAUGAUGAAGGUCAAAGACACAGAACACAUGAAAACCAGGGUCAGAGACAUGCUGGUAGCAGAAAUGCAAUGCAAAUGUUAAAAGAUGAUAGUGCAACAGCUGUGCGGUCAAGAAUGGCACGUUUUCCUUCCACUUCAAAUUCUCCAAAUAUUCUUGCAAGUUUUGCUGGAAAAAAUCGAGUUUUGAUCAUCUCUGCACCACAUGCAUCUGAUGGCUACUAUAGGCUCAUGAUGAGUCUUUUAAAAAACGACGUGUACUGUGAACUUGCUGAAAGGCAUAUUCAACAAAUAAUAUUGUUUCAUGAAGAAGGUGAGGAAGGCGGCACAGUUAGAAGAAUUACAAAUGAAGGAAAGAUAAUGGAACAGACUCUGGACAAAUCUCUUAUACCAAAGUUGAUGAGUUCAUUUAAGUUGGAAAAGGGAAAAUUUGGCAUGGUUCUUCUCAAAAAAACUUUACAAGUUGAGGAAAGGUAUCCUUAUCCAGUGCGUCUAGAAGCUAUGUAUGAGGUUGUUGACCAAAGCCCUAUAAGACGCAUAGAGAAACUUAGACAAAAAGGUUUUGUACAAAAAUGUAAGGCAGCUGGCGUUGAAGGACAGGUACAUGAAGAGGGACAGACUGAGGGUGGUAACAUUAAAAAUGUAAAACCCACACAACCUAGUGGCACUGUCCAAACACCAUCAAGAAAAGAGGAGACAAAGAAAAGUGUAGUAAUGCCUACACGAUUCUCUAGAGUGAAACCUACAAGGAAAUCAGUUGGACCUCCAACACGUUCACCAACAACUAGAGCAACAACAGUUUUCCCAUCAACGAAGGCAACUACACGAAUACUAACUACAGCAUCAAGGCCACCAACAACUAUACCUACAACUGUGAGUCCAACAACACAAAAAAUGUGGACAACUAAACUGUUUACUACUCCAGAGCUUCACAGACAUGGCAUUCAGUCUGAAACAACAAGAGACCCAGACACUCAAAGCCAGCACAUCCCUGUUAGAACUGAUAAGAACAGAAAUAAACAGAUGGGAAAGAGUCAUGCUACUACAAGCAGAAUAAAUAAAGUGGCAGUUCAUACAGAGGCUCCAGUUAUUUCAACAACCAGGACAGAGCUUACUACCAAAGAAAACACAGCACAAUUUGUAGACAACCAGACAGACAGGAAGGAUCAUGGCACACAUGAUGUCACUCCAAGUCAAAAGAAAUUUACAAAGACAAAGACAUCCAAAAAGAAAGGGGUGGAUAAAAUAUUAAACAAUGAAUAUGAGGAAAAAAUUGACACUGGAAAAGCUACUACUCCCCAUGUUGAUUACACCAUAGAAGAAUCAAAUGUUCCACAGCAAAAAGAAAAAGAGCAAAAGAAGGAGGAAAAACUGGACAAAACAGAUAAAAAGAAAAAGAAGACUGAAAAAAUAGAUAAGCCCCCCAAAAAAGAAAAGCAGGCAAAGAAGGACAAAACAGAGAAGAAAGAUAAACCUGAAAAAGAUCGCAAUAAAAAAAACAAGAAAAGUGGCAAAAAUGAUAACGAUGGAUAUAUUAAACCAGAGCAAAAGGUGUUUGUUGAAAGCCCAAAACGAUCAUUAGCAACAUUUCUUGCAAAUUUUGAAGGAAAAAGAAGACUACUGCUAAUGACAGCACCAAAAGAAGAGAAUAAGAUGUAUUCUCAGCAGCGGGAUGAGUAUUUGGAGACAGUGUGUGAAAUGGCAGUAAGGAAAAUCUCCAUUGUCACAAUAUUUGGACCUCUGACAAACAGCACUAUGAAAAUUGACCACUUUCAGCUAGAUAAUGAGAAGCCAAUGAAAGUGAUUGGAGAGGAUGAUCUGCUGGAUGUUGAUCUCAUAACUGAAUUGAGGAAAGAGUAUGGCAUGACUUACAAUGAUUUCUUUAUGGUGCUAACAGAUUUAGAUAUGAGAGUCAAGCAAUACUACGAAGUCCCUAUUAGCAUGAAAUCUGUGUUUGACCUGGUAGAUACUUUCCAGUCUAGAAUUAAGGAAAUGGAAAAGCAAAAAAGGGAUGGAAUAACAUGCAAAAGGGAAGACAAAACAAGGUCUCUAGAAAAUUUCCUUUCAAGGUUCCGCUGGAGACGAAGACUACUUGUUAUUUCUGCUCCAAACGAUGAAGAAUGGGCCUAUCAGCAGCAGCUUUAUGCACUGACUGGACAAGCAUGUAAUAUGGGACUUCGUCACCUUGCAGUGCUAAAAAUGGUGGGCAUGGGAGUUGAUGCAAAUGGGGUAUUAGAACUCUACCCUAUCAACGGAAGCUCCAGUGUUGAAAGGGAAGAUCUUACAUCUGGUUUGGUAAAAGACAUAAGAAACUAUUUUCAAGUCAGCCCAGAAUAUUUCUCCAUGUUGCUUGUUGGCAAAGAUGGCAAUGUGAAGUCAUGGUAUCCUUCUCCAAUGUGGUCCAUGGCUAUUGUGUAUGAUUUAAUAGACUCCAUGCAACUCCGGAGACAGGAAAUGGCUAUUCAGCAAUCACUGGGGAUGCGGUGCCCAGAGGAUGAGUAUGGUGGUUACGGCUAUCACCAUGGUUACCCCCAUCAGGGUUAUGAGGAAGGAUACCAGGAUGAUUAUCGACACCAUGAAGGAUACUACCACAGAUAUCAAGACUAACCAAAAGGAAAGAAAAAUCACAUAUGCAAAGGGUAAAAAAAAAAAAAAAAAAGAGUCUUGAAAAGGAUCUAGAAGUGUAAAUGACAAUAAAAUUGCUCUUUCUUUAGCACAGCUGUAAAAAUAACAUAUUUUGUAGAUUUUUUUUAAGAAACUGGUUUGGACCAUGACUGCUAAGAAUUAUUUUCCAUUGUUAAUGGCAGCAUAUCAUGUAGUUUAGGCUACUUUAUUCUUUAUAUAGGAAUAUACUUUUACAUGUAUUUAUUGGAAAAAACACUUGGAUUCACACAGCAUCACACACAUAGCCGUGGAGCUAAUUAAACUUACAUACAGUGUUUAUGGGCUCUUCUGGCCCUUAGCUUGUUCAAAAGGUGCUUUGUGUGCAAGUGUUUUCCUUGCAUGUGUUUUACCAGCAUCACCUCUUCUUUUCGUAAAACAAAUUCCUACUUUUCAUAGAUAAAUGUGAGAACUUUACGUGUGCACCUCUUGCAAGGCUGUAUUAUCCAUAGUGGUAGCAGGGGGUGAAUGGUUGCAAUGGUUAUAAUUUGGGCGCAUGAAUCUUAAUUUUGGCACAGGGGCAUUAACUAAACUCUGCAUAAAUGGGAAAGGUAGCUGAGAAUGUAUAAAGUAAUGUGUGGAAAAGUACAAUAUCGAGGCUUUGCAACUAAUGGACAAAUGUAGGGCAUAUUGUUGGCCUCUCUAAGAUCAAAAUGCAGACACAGGUUAUGCUAUUCAUAUAUUUAUGUCCAAUUAAACAUCAUCAGUGUAAGCCAUGGACAAUUUCUUGUUUAUUUAAUAAAACAAGGACUGUAAAGA